AUGCGCGUUGCCAUCGCCAGCUUCUGGUGCUACUGCUACUUAAGGCUCUACGGCGCAUUCGGGCUUAUCCCCGGCGUCGCUGCGCUCGCACUCGGGGAGGCCUUCUUCGUGAGGGUUUUCGUGGAGGUCUUCAGCGCGCCGGCGUUCGCUGAGGCCUUCCUCGCGUGGGUGCUCAUGGGGGUACUAUUCUUUUUCGCGCGGGCAAUCUUUGAGGCCUUCUUCACGGGGAUGAUCGCGAAGGCGGGGGCCUUCUUCGUGGGACUGUUCGCGGAUGUAUUCUUCGCGCGGGUGUCCGUGGAGGUCUUCAUCGCGCUGGCACUCGUGGAGUCUGGGGCUGUAUUCGUGGGAGUGUUCGUGAAGGUAUUCUUCGCGCGGGUGCACGUGGAGGUCUUCAUCGCGCCGGUGUUCGUGGAGGCCUUCUUCGCGCGGGUGCUGGCGGAAGUCUUCCUCAUGUGGGUGCUCGCGAGGGUCUUCGUCGGGCGGGUGCUUGUGGGCCUCUCCAAGCGGGCGCCAGCGGGGGCAUUCUUCGUGGGUGUUCACGCAGGUAUUCUUCAUAGCGCUGGAGGUCGUGGAGGGUUCCUUCGCGCGGGUGCUGGCGGUGUCUUCCUCGUGCGGGUGCUCGUGGAGGCUUUCUUUGAGGGGGUGCUCGCGGAGGUAAUCUUCACGAUGGUGCUCGUGGAGGUCUUCUUCAUGCAGGUGCUCGUGGAGGCCUUCUUCGCGUGGGCGGUCGUUGUGGUCGUCUUCGCGCAGGCGCCCGUGGUUGCCUUCUUCAUGCGGUUGCUCGUAGAAGUAUUCUUCGCGGGGGUGCUCGUGGAGGCCUUCUUCAAGCAUGGCCCCCUGGAGGCUUUCUUCUUCGAGAGGCUGCUCGCGGAGGGGGUCUGA